AUGAAGCUUGCUGGAAUUGUGUGCAUCAGGGAACACUAUGGAGCAAUUUUCAACAUGGAGAAGAAACUGUUGUGUACAUCUGGUCACAGAGGACAUUAUUUCAACGACAGAAAACUUCCAGUGAGUGGGGCAGCAAAUCCCUGGCACCAACCCCCUAGCUCUGGAGUGAAGGGAAAUGCUGGAGCACUGAAGGAUAAAACCAUGAGAGCAGUGGUGACGGGAGGUGGAGGCUACCUGGGAUACAAGCUUGGAUGUGCUCUUGCCAGCUCAGGAGCUUCGGUUGUUCUGUACGAUAUACACAAGCCUAUCUGGGAAGUUCCUAAUGGAGUAGUGUGCAUCCAGGCAGAUGUCAGGGAUUAUGAUGCCAUAUUUGCAGCCUGUGAAGGGGCUGACUGUGUGUUUCAUGUAGCUUCAUAUGGAAUGUCAGGAAGAGAGCAAUUGCACAAAGAAGAGAUUGAAACAGUAAACAUCGAUGGGACAAGAUUCAUCAUUGAUGCUUGCAAACAAAGGAACGUCACUAGAUUGAUAUACACCAGUACAGUAAAUGUGGUGUUUGGAGGGCUUCCUAUUGAAGAUGGUGAUGAGGAAACUGUGCCAUAUUUUCCUAUAGAAAAGCAUGUUGAUCAUUAUUCCAGAACCAAAUCAAUUGCAGAACAAAUGGUACUAGCAGCUAAUGGAACUCCACUAGCAGGAGGUGGAGCACUGCAUACAUGUGUUCUUCGCCCGCCAGGAAUUUAUGGACCAGAGGAGCAAAGACAUCUGCCAAGGCUAGCAAGGAAUAUUGAAAGAGGGAUACUUAACUUCAAGUUUGGGGAUCCUUCUGCUAAAAUGAACUGGGUGCACGUAGAGAACCUUGUACAAGCUCAAAUUCUGGCUGCUGAAGCUCUCACUCCCGAGAAGAACUACAUAGCUAGUGGUCAGGUGUAUUUCAUUCAUGAUGGUGAAAAAUUCAACCUUUUUGAAUGGUUAGCUCCACUCUUUGAAAGAUUAGGUUGCAGCAAGCCAUGGAUACCUAUUCCUACUUCCUUAGUUUAUGCAUCAGCCACAGUCAUGGAGCAUCUUCAUCUGAUACUGAAACCAUUGGUUGAGCUGUCACCUCUGCUGACCAGAAAUGAGGUGCAGAACAUCUCCACAACGCACACCUUCAGCAUCGACAAGGCCCGCAGGCAGCUGGGCUACAGCCCGGAGAAGUUCGCAUUCGCUGAUUCUGUGGAGCAUUACAUCAAAACCAGAGCAGAGGCCCGGAGCGAGCACGUCUUCCCCAAAGUGAUGCUUUUGUUCCUUGCGAUUUUAAGUUUGAUUUUUCUUUCUUUAAGAUUUGAUGACCUUUCAGUUUUGCACUUUUUUAAGGAAACACAGCACUGACUCACACAGGCUGCAUGUGCCCCCUGCAGAAUUGCUCCCAUGGAACAUCCCCAGCUCCACAGACAGGCACUUGUUUUAGAUUAAAAACAGAACAAACCUGAACA